AUGUGGGAUCAACCGGCCCCACUGUCAAACGCGGCACCACCGCUCCGGUUGACUUUCCGCGCGACUCCGGGUGCGGGUAGUCCUUCACGGUCUCCCGCUUCGUCGCAACCAUGGGACGCGGUCUUACUCGGGGAUACCCUGUAUGUGGCCACACCUCAGCACCUGGCCGAGGGCAGUAGGGAGGCGUUUGUAGCUCUGCUGGAAGCGGCCGAGGAUCAACUGAAGUGCAAAAAUGUCGUCGUGGUCUUCUCUGAAGAUCGCGCCGACCGUGCCAACCUGGUGCGUACUUUUAUGUUCCUCGGCUUCUCUUUGCUGAACCCAACGUCUACUCUUGCACCACCUCAGCUAGCCAAGGGUAAUGUUUGUAUGCAUUACAACGUUGAAGAGUAAUCGACCCCCAGAACCAGCCUCGGAUAUCUCGUCUUUUGGCUUCCUAAUUGUAGCUCUAUAGUUGAUAGUUAAUUUGUUUGGUGCAACCGGUUUGCUUUUAGUAUUUUCAUAAAAAGUAGAAUCAUUCGUUUUGCCAAAUGGGUGUCCGGUCUAAUUUCCCUAUUGGACAGAUAAAGCCAAGGUAAACAUCUCAUGGCGAUAAAAGAACUUUGACCAGGCCCCAUAGUUAUUAUGAAACUAGAGUUUAGAGAGUAGUUUAAUUAGCAUUAAGUUACUGUUUCCAUUUGAUCACUUUUAAUAGUUAGUAAAUAUAAUUUUUUUUUUAAUAUUCAAUGCAAUAUACUCAAUUUUUACAAAUUUUGAAUCAAUAUAUAGAUUUUUCAGAAACAUAUUUUUCUUAUAAAACCAUGUUUUGAUGUGCUAUUAACCUGUAAGUUUAAUAUUAAGAUAGUUUUAAGUAAAGCCAAGGAUGGGAUAAAAAACUUAUCAUCGAUAGUUUUAAUAUCGUGCGGAAUAAAAUCCCCUGUUUAUGCUCCUUAAAUAAAAAAUAAAUAAAAAUUAAUAAAAAAAUACAAAAAAAAAUUAUGUUUUUAAUGACCACUUAAACAUUUAAUAAUGGUUCAUUCAAGUAUUUUUGUGUAUCUCUUAUACGUCUUAAUAUCUUUUUUCCCGGUUUGGAAAUUGUUUUAUUUUAACCAUUAUUUUACGUUUUUCGUGUGUCUAUGAUUAAGUGUUAAUUUUAAUUUAAAAAAGGAUUCAUUCCGCAUUUAAUAGAUUUAUUUUUACUUUAGUGUAAUAUUAUAUCACAUUUAUUUAACAAUAAAGUUGUUUUAGGUGGGUAAA